AUGUUGCCGGAUCCAGUCACGGUCAAAAUCCCCACGUCCUACGAAUCCCUCCCUGUCAAGGAUAUCAAGGUGUCCCAUUACCCUGAGAAUACACCGGAAGCUACCCCGGUGGUAGUGGUGACGUUGAACCGUCCAAAGCAAGGCAAUGCCUUCACAGUCCAGAUGAUGCGCGAUUUCGAACUGGUCUACCCCAUGUUCGACCUCGACGAACGAGUCAAAUGCAUCGUCAUCACCGGAGCCGGCAAGAUGUUCUGUGCGGGCGCGGAUCUCGAAAUCGGAUUCCCCAGUGGAGGAGAGAGGGAGAGACUGGUGGAUCAUCGCGACAGCGGUGGUCGCCUCAAUCUGUGCAUCUAUCGAUGCCGGAAACCAACCAUUGUCGCGAUGAACGGAUCCGCUGUUGGUCUGGGUAUGACCUUGAGCUUGUCGGCUGCCAUCAGAAUCGCCCACGCCUCGUCAAAAUAUGGCUUUGUCUUCGCCAGACGGGGAAUCACCAUGGAGUCAAACUCGUCCUUCUUCCUGCCAAGGCUGAUUGGCUACUCGAACGCCCUGUACCUGCUCACGACAGGCGACGUAUACAGAGGCGAUUCGAAGCAUUUUGGAAAUCUUUUCCAGGAGGUCAUUGAGGAUCAAGCCGGUGUCUUGAGGCGAGCACUUGAACUCGCUACCACCAUUGCAGAGAAGACAAGUGUGUUGGCUGGAUUCAUGAAUAGAGAGUUGAUGUGGAGAGGAAAACCAUCAGCUGAGGAAACUCAUCUUCUCGAUAGCGCCGUCCUCUACCACAUGUUUGCCAACCCCGAUUGCAAGGAAGGUGUACAAAGCUUCAUGGAGAAGAGACAGCCAGAGUUCUCUGCAACUCUCGAGAAAGACGGCCCGCCCUUGUAUCCGUGGUUCAACGAGGUCGACACUGGUUCAAGACCUCGCGUACACCCAUCAAACAAGGCCAAGUUGUAG